AUGCCGGCGGACUCCUCUCUCUACGGGAUACGUCGCUCAAAAGCAGAAGCAUCCAAAAAGGAUGUCACCUCGUCCACCACACUCGCCUUCGCCACUCACCUUUCCUCCCUCAUCGCGAAGGAAUCCGCCUCCGCAGCUUCGCAACAGCGCCGUGGCCGUCAGAGGCCCUCACGGAAGAAAGAUGACAUAUUUUCGGUGCACAAUAAAGGUGUCCUGAAGCGCGCAGCGGCGGACACAUCAGCAGAUAACCCAAAUGUGAGCCAGGCCCACAAACAAAGCGGAGAUAUUGGAUACGUGGACGAAGCGACCCUGCAUCGGUCGAAGCGAAGAAUGGCCGAGAAAGCGAAGCUAUACGCAGAGCUAAAGAGGGGUGAAUAUCUCGCCGCAAGUAGCGAUGAAGAAGAAGAAGAUCCAGGGAAACCCGGGGACAAAUCAUUGUCCGCCGUACGCCGCGCGGAGAAGCACAGCUUGGUUGAUUUUGACCGAAAAUGGGCAGAAGAGGAGGUCGAAAGAUCACGACGCAGCUCAGAACCCUCCGAUCACAAUCAUCCCUCCGAGCAGGAACCGCUGGUCGAGUACGAAGACGAAUUUGGACGGACUCGACAAGGAACGCGCGCAGAAGCCGCGAACGCCGCAAGACUUCGCCAGGCCCGUGAUGCCGAAUCCCCUGGACAAAAUGACUACACAUCUUCACUCAAUCCGAACCUCCCCGCCACCGCCCGUCCCGCCCGCCCCUCCAAUAUCAUCCGCGGAUCGACUAUCCAGUCCGCAGCUUUCGAUCCUGAUGCCCAGGUGGCAGCGCAAAUGUCUCACCUCGCCCAGCGCCGCGAUCGCACUCCCACGCCGCCCCCAGAGACCCAUUACGACGCUGAUGGCGAGAUCCGUAAUCGAGGACAGGGUUUCUAUGUGUUUUCAAAAGAUGAAGAGUCGAGGAAGGAGGAGAUGGAGGAGUUGCGGCGAGCGAGGAACGAGACUGUGGCCGAGCGAGAUGUGGCUUCGACUAGGAAGCAGGCAAGGCAGCAGGCCAAGGCCGAUAGGCUAAAGAAGAUUGAGGAAUUGAGGGGAAAGCGGAGAGCGGAAGAGUUUAUGAAGGGUUUGGGGAGCUUGGAGGGUUUGUAA